CCCCCCCCCCCCCCCCUUCUCUCUCUCUCUCUCUCAUGUCGUCGUCUUCUUCAUCUCGCUCUGCUUCUUCGGAAGAAGAAGAAGAGGAAGGAGGUGGCGAUGGUGGGGUCAGAGAUCCGACGGCUGUCAUUGGCCGGAUCGGGGAACCGUCAUCUUCACGGAUGAGAUCCAGCAACGCCGUCUGGCCGGAGCCUUUCGUCGAAGCUCUGGCGACUCAGGUCGCGAUCGACGCCACCGCCACGAACGGGAGACUCGCCGCCGGCCCGGCGCUCGUCUCCGUCUUCCAGGUCUGUUCUACGUGGCGCGCUGUUUCUCGCUCAGAGCUCUUGUGGCAGAACCUCACCCGUCGGAUCUGGGCCCGCGACCGCCCCCUGCGCGCCACGUGGCGCGAGGAGUACGUCCACCGCCACCGCACCGCCCAAAACUUCCGCUUCCGCCGCGUCGUCCACACGCCGCUCGUCUUCGACGCCUCCCCGUCCGAUCCCGCCGACUCCCUCUCCUGCCGCUGCCUCGCCCUCUCCGACCGCCACGUGGCGUGCGGCUUCCUCGAUGGUUCCGUCCGCCUCUUCGACCUCCGCACCACCCGCCACGUCAGCACCCUCCGCCCCCAGAUACGCGACCAGCUCGGGCGAUUCUCCCGCGCCGUGUCCGGGAUCGUCCUUCAUGGCCCCCGCGUCGUCUUCGCCUCCCUCGACGGCGACGUCCACGUGGCGAACAUCCGCGACCCCGCCCCGCGCCGGGCCCACUUCGGCGACGUGGUCAACGACGGUGCCCUAGUUAACUUCACCGGCUGUAGCCGGUGGUGGGUCGGGCUGUACGCGGGCGUCCCUGGCCGCGCCUUCCACGUGUGGGACAGCCGCACGGAGGAGCUGGUCUUCGUGGGGGGGUCGCUGACCGAUCCCGACGCAGUGCAGGGCUGGCACCUACUCACUGAGAUGACCGAGUCAGUUGGCCGAGUCAGGGUCUCGAGUCGGGACACUGGCGUGGCCUGCACCGGGCGCAGGGUCAUGGUCUUCGACCUUAGGAAUCAAGGGCUUGUGCUGGGGGAGGAGGAAUUCGAGCAGGGGGUCAUUGUCGACUCGGUUGACGUUAGCAACAAUCUGUUCCUGGUCAUCGAUAACACGGGCCAGGCUAGGGUACGCCAGGUGCGCACCUUCGAGCAGGUGUGCCAGUUCGGGAUCAGGGGCGCCGGGCGUGUCCUUGGGUGUAUGAACGGUGGAUAUGCGUUCGUGUACGCCGGGGGCACGAUCAGGGCGUGGGACAUCGAGAGGGGCCAGCUGCUGUACAGACUGAGGGAGCGGAUCGGCGAUGCGGUCGAUCUGGUUGCCGAUGAGGAGCACGUUGCUGGGUGCUCCAGCGACACAGGGAUACAUCUAUGGCGCUUCUCCGCAGUCUGAUGAAGGGGCCGGCGCUAAAGUGCGCCGGCUUUAUGUGGGGGUUGUGCAUAAGUGGGGGCAAGGGUGUGAGACCGGUAUAGUUGCUGACCUUUAACAUACGCAUGUGGGUAUUGUGCGCACCCGAUUUUGGGUUCUUAACUGGUUUGGGAUGGGUGUGUCACAGGGGUGUUGUAAGAAUGGAAAUUUUUUUUUUGGCCAAAAGCUCAUUCUUGUUA